CCUUUUUCCAUCAACCUCGCCCCUUUUUUCCGUCUUUUUUUUUUUUGACAACAAUUAUGGCUGUCACCCAGAAGCUUACGCUUGGCAAGGUUACUCCUUCCACAAAGUCAUAUGCCAAUGCUCUCAAAUUGGCCUUGGCCGCCAAUGUCGCCGGUGUCAAACUCGACAUUCAAAGUGGCGAUGCCAUCGCUUUGACCGUUUCCUCUGAAUUAAGCCUGUCCGAUGCCAAUGUCAUUGUCAGAUACCUUUUGAAUGAAACAGCUUUCGACGCAUCCAAUACCACGGCUCUUUUACGCAGCUCCGCCAUUGAAAAGGAAGAAUCCACCCUCACGACCUUGAUUUACAAGAAAAAGACAGCUGAAGCAUUACAAAUUGCGGAAUCGAUUGCCGCUGCCUCUGAAUCGCAGCUCUUUAGCAGUUCUGACAAGCUGAAUGCGGUCGAUGUUAUCUAUGCUGGUGCGUUAUACGAGACACUCUCGGCUUCCACGGAUCUUUGUCAAUAUCCUACUUUGGCCAAAUGGUACGAAAAGGUUUCCAAAUCCCCUGCCGUCACCGCUGCCGUGGAAACUGUCCAAGCUCAGCUUUCCAGCAAAUCGUCCGGUAAAAAGAAGCAGGCUGCACCCAAGAAGGUGGCCGAAAAUGCUCCUCUGCCCGAAUUGAACCCGGCCACUCAAAAAGUGAAUGCCCAAGCCAUCUUGAAGAAGCAUGACAAGAACGAGAAAAAGGAACCCAAAGAAGGCGAACGCAACAUUUUGAUUACUUCGGCUCUUCCUUAUGUGAACAACAUUCCUCACUUGGGUAAUAUUGUGGGCUCGACUUUGAGUGCUGAUGUCUAUGCAAGAUAUUGCCGUGCUCGCGGUUACAAUGCCAUCUACAUCUGUGGUACUGAUGAAUACGGUACCGCCACGGAGACCAAGGCUUUGGAGGAAGGUGUGUCUUGCCAAGCCCUUUGUGACAAGUACAAUGCGAUCCACAACAAAGUAUACGAAUGGUUCGACAUCUCGUUUGAUCACUUUGGCAGAACGACCACUCAGCACCAAACUGAUAUCGCUCAGGACAUUUUCCGAAAAUCCUAUGCCAAUGACUACAUGUCCGAAGAUAUCAUUACUCAAUUGUACUGUGAACAGUGUGAGAGAUUCUUGGCCGAUCGUUACGUCGAGGGUAUCUGUCCCAAGUGUCAGUACGAGGAUGCUCGCGGUGACCAAUGUGAUGCUUGCGGUCAAUUGCUGAAUGCCAUCGAAUUGAUUAAGCCUCGUUGUAAAUUGGAUGGCAACUCGCCCAUCACUCGUGAGUCCAAGCAUCUUUUCUUGGACUUGAACAAGCUUCAAGGCCGCAUUGAACACUUCUUGGAAAAGUCCUCCACUGAAGGCAAGUGGAGCCCCAACGGCGUUCACAUUACGCAAUCGUGGUUGAAGGAAGGUUUGAGACCUCGUUGUAUUACCCGCGAUUUGAAAUGGGGUACUCCCGUCCCUCUCAAGGGUUACGAGAACAAGGUGUUCUAUGUGUGGUUCGAUGCACCCAUCGGUUAUCCCAGUAUCACCGCCAAUUAUACCGAUGCGUGGGAGAAGUGGUGGAAGAACCCCGACAAUGUCAAAUUGUAUCAGUUUAUGGGCAAGGAUAACGUGCCUUUCCACUCGGUCAUUUUCCCCGGUUUGGAAAUGUCGACCGGUGAUAACUGGACUCUUGCUCACCACAUCAGCACCACUGAAUAUCUCAACUACGAAGGCGGCAAGUUCUCAAAGUCGCGUAACAAUGGUGUGUUUGGUACGAAUGCUGAAGAAACGGGUAUUCCUCCAUCUGUGUGGCGUUACUACCUUUUGUCGUGUCGCCCUGAGUCCAGCGAUUCGAUGUUCACCUGGAACGAAUUCAUUACCAAGAACAACAGCGAGUUAUUGAACAACCUGGGUAACUUUGUGAAUCGUGCUAUCAAGUACAUCAUGGCCAAGUACGAUGGUGUGAUUCCCAAGGGCGAUUUGUCCGGUGAAUCCGAAGCGACUUUGGUCAAGGAUAUCAAUGAAUUGUUGGCUCAGUACAACGAUGCUUUGGAAAAUGUCAAGAUCCGAUCGGCUUUGUCGAUUGCCAUGGCCGUUUCCGCUCGUGGUAACCAGUACUUGCAAGAAUCUAAUCUGAGCAAUACCCUGUUCGCCGAACACCGUAGCAAGUGCGAUGCCGUUGUGGUCGCGGCUGUCAACUUGAUUUACCUUUUGUCAGCUCUCAUCUUCCCUUACAUGCCCGCUACCUCGGAUUCUAUCUCGCAACAGUUGAACGCUCCCUUGCGCAAGAUUCCUAACGAAUUCACCAUGGAUAUCUUGCCCGGUCACAAGCUGAAUGGCGCCGCCUAUCUGUUCACCAGAAUUGACGAAAAGAUGGAAGAAGUGUGGAAGAACAAGUAUGGUGGCAAAAAGAACUAACAAAAAGAAAAAAAAAUA